UGGGGCUCAGGGGUGGGGUUGGAAAAUGCAGAAGGAGCAACAGCUUGAGCUCUGGGACUACAGUGGACAGAAAGUAAGAGCAUGGUGUGCUCUCAAUGAAGGAGUGAGAAAGAGAAAGCCAGAAAGAGAGAUGAAAGGAAACAAGACACAUCAAUCUACGUAAAGGAGGGCGUGAGGACAAGACGGACAUUGUAGUUCUACAGGAGCCGAGUGGAGAGGGAGAAAACAGGGGGGAAAGGAGAGAAAGAAAGGAGAGAGGCGCAUGAGGUAUUUUUAUAGGGCACAGACAGAGAUAUGAUAGCCUGCUUACAGAAGCGGUGUGCCUGGAAACGCUCAGAAAGAGAGCGAGUGGGAGAGAGAGAGAGAGAAAAAGAGAGGGUGGAAAAGGAGGGGGGAGUGAGUGAGACAGAAAGAUUAACCAGUCAGAAAGAGCGAGAGUGAGCAGUGAAGUACAAUCGGGGAGAAAAAGCAAGGGAGGGAGGAGGGUGCAUGAGAGGUAAAAAAAAAGAAAAUGAAAGAGGGGAAAGGUGCCAAAACAAACUAAUGUGUCAGUGCUGAGUGAGGGACACUAGAAGAGAGGGAGAGAGAGAAGAGGGCCAGCCAGAGGACGUAGUAGGGGGAGAGAGGCAUGAGGGGACUGUUCUGCUUUAUGCUCACCCUGUCCAUCCUGGGGACUGUCCUGACUGCACUCGUCUGGUAUGUCUUCGGAGACCGCAAUGUUCAACCUGGCAGACCCCCCCACAAAGAUACUAUUAUGAACUCUGGGCCAGUCCCCUCCGGAACAUGCAAGGGCUGCAGGGAUACAGUUACUGAAAAAGUGGUGGAGCGCUACUCUCACAGCUGGAAGAAGCAGGAGGACAAGUUCAGAAAUUUCAGGUCUCUUCUGAGUAACAGAUGUCAUGGACUUACCAAGGCUAUGGUGACACAGGCCAACACUCCUCUGGGGUCAAAGGUUGUGUACGAUGGAGAGAAGAGGAAGCCUCUUCAGGUGACCCCUGAACUGUUCAGCACCUUUGCUAAGGAGGAUCCUUUUGUGAAUACAACAUGGGAUACGUGUUCUGUUGUUGGGAAUGGAGGAAUCCUAGCUAAUAGCAGCUGUGGAGAGAAAAUCGACUCCGCCCAGUUUGUUAUCAGGUGUAAUCUCCCUCCUCUGGAGAACGGCUAUGAGAGAGACGUGGGCAACAAGACAGACCUGGUGACAGCUAAUCCCAGCAUCCUCAUGGAGAAAUAUGGGGGACUGCAGGAGCGUCGUCGGCCCUUCGUGGAGAGCCUGCGUAGCUAUGGCGACUCCCUGAUGCUCUUGCCAGCCUUCUCGUAUGGCCCCAACACGCCUGUGUCUCUGCGGGCCCUCUACACCAUCCAGGACUUUGACAGCCCGUUGCGGCCUGUCUUCCUCAACCCAGAGUACCUACAGAGUCUGGCGCACUUCUGGCAGGGCCAGGGCCUGCGGACGGUACGCCUCAGCACAGGACUCAUCGUGGCUAGCCUGGCGCUGGAGCUGUGUGCCAACGUGCAUCUCUAUGGGUUCUGGCCCUUUAAUGAACACCCCCUCCGACACCAGCCCCUCACCAACCAUUACUACGACGACAGGCAGAGUAAGAAGACGGUGCACGCUAUGCCCGCUGAGUUUGACCACCUGCUUAGACUCCACAGCCAGGGCGUGCUCAGGAUACACCUGGGAGAGUGUGCGCCCAUGGCCAGAAGCAAGCUGUCGUCUCGUUUGCUUCCACCUUGUCCUAUCCUGUCGGAGUCUGCCUGGCAGGUGCAUCCUGCAUUAUACUAACGUUCUUUUUGUUCCAUUGACAACGUUGGAAGAGGAUUUAUGCCAUUCCUGUUUUUCAUUAAAGAACUCUGUUUUCUGUUAAAACCGCUUUUGGGUCUUCACUCAAGUACAUAACAGGUAUUCAGCACAGGGGCAUGUUUUAUGUGACGUAUGUCUGGUCACAGUGGAAGAGCAAGGGAGAGACUGGGACUGUUAGUCUCCCAGCAGCCGUUUGUAGAUUCUCAGUGUGAGAGUCUGCAGAACAGGUUGAUCUGCAAUCAAAUAAUUUGUACUGUACCCAAAAUGGGUGUAAAUACAUGAAAUAUGCAUAUCAUAUACUGUAUAGGUGUACAAUUAUGUAUUUAUCAUCAAGUAUUCUAGCUGGAAUCUAGAGAAUGUUUUUGUUUUGUUGGACUUUUUUAAAUACAAAGUGUUUUGGAACAUGUAUGGUUUAGAUGAGGCCUUCCCAACUACAGAGGGGGUCAGUGUAGUGCCUAAUAUGACUCACAUUCCUGACCCUAGCCAAAAAAACACAUGCAAGCCUUUAAGAGUUAACUGAAUGUAUGGUCAUGUCAAUCUAAUACCUCCUGGAUUGGGCAAUCCUUAGCUGGACUGUUACAUUCAGAUUUCUAUUUAAUAUCAAUGAUGAUUAAAUGUGUUAUAUCUCAUUAUGACAUAGUGUAUAAUACAUUCAAUGUGGUACUGGGUCCUUCCAUGAAAUGAGUCCCUUUUUUGUCUCUUUGAUAUUUUAAGUAGAAAUUGUGCACCAAUAUUGAAUUUUGAAAGACUGUUAAAUUAAAUGAAGUGCCCUUUAAUAUAGACCACAUGGAAAAUUCAAUAAAUCAUAUUUUUUUUAAUGAAUAAAGACUUCUGAGAAUUUUA